AUGGCUGUACGAAGCAAGAACACUGUCAUCAAACUCUUUUCUUCGGCGAAAACCGGUGUCAUGCGAACCGUUUUCCGACCUCGUGUGGCUCGUCCCAUCACUCAAGUGAAGUAUGACCCUAUAGUUAAACGAAUGGUUCUUUUCGAGGAGACGAAGACCCGACGAGGAGCCGUUGAGCCUCGAGGCAAGGAGCCUAAGAAGUCCGAUGACUAA